CCCGUGACCGUCACCAGUCCAGCCCACCACCGCAGCAGUGGACACUACGACCACCAGCGCCAGUGUCAGUGCCAGGCCCACCGGCCCAUAUGGACUAUGACAAACCCAGAAAGGGCUUCGUGUCCCCCAUAAAGAGGCUGGUCUUCUCCAAGGGGGGCCGUCGGCAGGUGGACAGGGGGAGCGUGCGCCGGCCUCUCCACACAGUGCCCCUCUACCCACCCGACUACCUCAUCCACCCAGAGCGCCUCAUCUACGACUACCUGGAGAAGGAGGUCAAGUUCCUGGGCCAUCUGACAUGGGUCUCCUGCUCCCUCAACCCCUCCAGCAGAGAUGAGCUGCUGCAACUUCUGGACACUGCCAGGAAGCUGAAGGUGCUGCCCCUGAAGACGAGUCCAGAGCAGGACUGCAUCCUGAGCCUGUCGGCCCGCUGCCUGCUGCUCACCUGGAGGGACAAUGAGAAGCUGCUGCUGCGCAUCCCCACGCACGAGAUCGCCGCCGCCUCCUACCUCAGAGACGACGCACUGCACCUGCUGGUGCUCAAGACAGGUCUGAAUGUGGACACGGUGCUGGCGGGGGACAGCCUGGAGAAGCAGCCCCGCCGGCAGACCAUGAGCAACGCCGACCCGCGCCCAGCAGGGGGCACCAUGGAGCGGCGCCACACCAUCUGCGGCGUGGACUGGAAGCCCUCCCUGCGCCACGCCAAGGAGCAGGCCGCCGCCAGCGCCGCAGCCCAGCAGCAGCAGCAGCAGCAGCAGAGCGGGGUGAAGCCAGGCUCAGGAGCCGGGGGGGCUGGAGGUGGGGGCGGCGGAAGCCUGGAGCGCAAGCAGACCCGCGUCGGGGGAAGCUGGGAGCGCAGGCAGACCCGGAGGCCCGGCGGCGGGAGCUGGGAGAAGAGGCCCAUGAGUGGUAGCUGGGACCGGUGCCGACCGGUGGGGGGCAGUUGGGAGAGGCGCGUGACCGGGGGAGGGGUAGGGGGGAGCUGGGAGAAGCGUCACGGGCCGGGCAAGGGUAAGCCUGGAGGCAGCUGGGAGAAGAAGCACACGCCCGGGGGCAGCUGGGAACGCAGGCAGGCCUGCACAGGGAGCUGGGAGCGGGGCAAGGUGUACGGGAGCUGGGAGAGGAGGAACCACAACCCCCUGGAGCCCACGCCGUGCCCCGAUGCCUACUGCAACCUGGUCAUCCUGGCUGUGGAGAACAGGGAUGCAGCAGAGGAGUACUGUGCCCUCAUCUGCCAAAUGUUCCAGAUUAUCUACGGCCAGCAGACCAUCGAGUGUGUGGACAGGGCGGGCUUCCACUACACCAUGCCGGAGCGCUAUUGGCUGCAGAGAAGUGACAGCUGCUUGACAGAUAUGACAUACGGCUAUGACGCUGACUUCAGCUGCUGCAGCUCCUUUGAUGGCUCGGAGGCCUUCGACCCGUACUACAGUGAGAGCUACAGCGAGUGCUCGUCCCUGUCCUACCAGGGCUCCCACCGCAGCCUGGCCUCCGUACACAGCGACGGGGAGCCCAACAACGCAUGCAUGCAGCUCAUGCAGGAGUACAUGAUCACGCUCCGCAACAGACUGAGUCCCCAGGAGAUCCAACGCUUUGCUGUGCUGCUGAGAGAGUACCGUGUGGGCGCCCCCAUAGACGAAUUCUGCAACGACCUGCUCCAGCUCUACGGGGACAGCCGCAAGUUCCUCCUCCUCGGUAUGCGUUCCUUCAUCCCCGACAAGGACGUGGGCGCCUUCGAGUGCUUCCUGGAGGGCAUCGGCAUCCGGGAGGGGGGCAUCCUCACCGACAGCUUCGGCCGCAUCAAGCGCAGCAUGAGCAGCACCUCCGCCACGGCCGUGCGCGGCUACGACAGCAGCUCGCUCCCCUCGGGGUCGCAUGACUUCAACCGCCGCAUCAGCGAUAUCACGCACGACAUAGAGGCGCUGGGGUUCCAGGAGGGGCACGGAGACAUAGAGGAGGAGGACUACUACCUGUGAUGAGAGAGAGGGAGGGAGCGAGAGAGAGAGAGAGAGAGAGAGAGGCAGAGAGAGAGAGAGAGAGAGAGAGAGAGAGAGAGAGAGAGAGAGAGAGAGAGAAAUGGUGCAAGAGAUCGGGGCAAAGGGGUUCCAGGAGGGGGGACAUAGAGGAGGAGGACUAUCACCUGUGAGAGGACAGGGAUGAGAGAGAUGGAGAGAGCAGGAAGAGGACAGAGAGAGAUGUAAAAGAUAAAAGAAUGAAAGAGAGGGAGGUACUUACAUGUAUGACUUUGAGGUGCAUGGACAUACAGAAGAGCAGGAUUACUGUACCUACCUGUGAGAGGAGAGGAGAGGAGAAGAGAGGAGAGGAGAGGAGAGGAGAGGAGAGGAGAAGAGUAGAGAGGAGAGGAGAGGAGAAGAGAGCAAAAGAUAGGAGAAGAGAGGAGUAGAGGGGAGAGGAGAGGAGACAAGAAGAGAAGAGAAGAGAAGAGAAGAGAAGAGAAGAGAAGAGAAGAGAAGAGAAGAGAAGAGAAGAGAAGAGAGGAGAGGAGAGGA